AUGGCAUCAGAUCCUCAACCACUGAGCGAGGACCUCACCACCAAGAUCGUCAAAGCCGUAGAGUCGAACUUCGACAAGCAGAUCGCCUACACCCAAGAGCUGAUCCGCUUCGGCGGCCAACGCGGCGAGGAAUUCGCCAUCCAAGAACAUGUCUACCAGCAGCUCGCGUCACGUGGUUACGCCAUGGACAAAUUCGACAUGGACGAAGCACUCAUCUCCGCCCAUGAAGGCGCCGGCAAAUUCUCCGCUGAGCACUCUAAAGCGCCCAUCGUGGUUGCUGUACACAAGCCGCGCGAGACCAAGGGGAGAAGUCUGAUAUUGAACUCGCAUGUUGACGUCGUGCCCACCGGUCCUAAGGAUCUAUGGACGCACCCACCGUACUCGGCUGUCAUUGAGGGCGACUGGCUCUACGGACGUGGUGGGGCUGAUAUGUUAGGCGGCAGUGCGGCGAACCUUUACGCGCUAGAUGCACUCAGAAGUAUUGACCUACAGCCGGCAGCAGAAGUUACCGUGCAAAGCGUGGUUGAGGAAGAGAGCACCGGGAACGGCACGCUGAUGGCCCAUCUCAAAGGCUAUACGGCGGACACUGUGGUGAUCCCAGAGCCAGAGGAGGAGAUGCUAGUAAGAGCGAAUGUCGGUGUUCUGUGGUUCCAGGUGGAGGUUAGGGGAACUCCAGUUCAUGUCAGAGAAAUGGGUAAAGGCGCGAACGCAAUCGAUGCCAUAUACCGCGUGGUCGCCUCCCUCCGCGAAUUGGAAGAAGGAUGGAACGCCAGGAAGUCCACCUUGAGCGCAAACUUCAAGGACGAGGCCCACCCCAUCAAUCUUAACAUUGGCAAGAUUGAAGGCGGUGACUGGGCGUCCUCAGUGCCAGCAUGGUGUCGUAUCGACUGCCGCAUCGCCAUCUACCCUGGAACGCCUGCUGCUGCGGCUGCAGCCGAGAUCGAGCAGAAGAUUGCUGACUUUGCGAAGUCGGAUCCGUUCCUGUCGCAGACGCCACCGAAGGUGACCUGGAACGGCUUCUUCUCCGAAGGAUAUGAGAUGGAGACAGAGUCAGCGGCUGAGAACUGCCUGGCGCAAGCGCAUAAGUGUGCUACUGGCGACGAAUUGCAGACUUUCAUGACGGCUGGAUACCUGGAUACCCGGGUCCACGUGCUGUACGACAAGAUCCCAGCGCUCUGUUAUGGACCGAUCAGCAAGAACAUCCAUGGCUUCGAUGAGGGGGUAAGUGUAAAGAGUUUGAAGCGGAUAACGACCGCAAUUGCACUCUUCAUCGCGCAAUGGUGUGGCGUGGAGAGUAUAGAGGCUUGA